AUGGCUAAACAAUCUCUAGACGUUUCCUCCGACAGAAGAAAGGCCAGAAAGGCUUACUUCACCGCUCCAUCGUCCGAGCGUCGUGUCUUGAUGUCCGCUCCUUUGUCCAAGGAAUUGCGUGCUCAAUACAACAUCAAGGCCUUGCCUAUCAGACACGACGACGAAGUCGUUGUCGUCAGAGGCUCCAAGAAGGGCCAAGAGGGUAAGGUCUCCUCCGUCUACAGAUUGAAGUUCGCCGUCCAGGUCGACAAGUUGACCAAGGAGAAAUCCAGCGGUGCUUCUAUCCCAAUCAACGUUCACCCAUCCAAGAUCGUUAUCACCAAGUUGCACAUCGACAAGGACAGAAAGGCUUUGAUCGAGAGAAAGGGCGGUAAGUUGGAGUAA